AGACCAUUGUCAACCAAUCAGGACACAGAAGACCAUAUGGUGCAGACAGAAGAGAGGGAAGCGGACAGUAAGCAUUGAACUACAACACUCACCUUCUCGCAAUGCAGUUAUUUUUAAAGAGCCAGCCUCAGCCUGGAACAGCAAAUCCCCGAAAGAUGAACCCUGAUGGAGCGAGGGAACACUACUAGAAACCGCUGCCAGUACAGUGUACAGUUGUACACCACUGCAGUCGCAGACUCACGUGACCAAUUUCGGGAAUGCCUCGCGGACACGUAAGACAGGAGGAAAGUGAGGGAAAAGUCACGUUUUGGAGUUUUUUUCCUUUUCUUUCCUCCUCCGUUAUGCAAGCCAAAGCGCCAUGAAAGAGUCUGUGUGUUUCCCAGGAAUUAGACCCAGCCUUCUCCUCCCUGCCUCCUCCUCCAGGCUGUACAGCUGGCAAUCUAUUCUGUACACAAGAAGAGCAAGAGGAGUCCUUGGCGGACCUUUUUUGCAACACAUUUUUAAAAACUGCACGACACCAAUUAACUGCAAGAGUGGAGGAGAUUUUGUCUUGCGUGGUCCAUUCCUCAACUUUUUUGGGGCGGAAAGCAAAAUCGAGCCUCCUCUCCGGCGUGGGACCGUUAAAUGCUUGUCAUCCGGCAGAAAUAAGGUGCUGAAUUGGAAGCCAAGUUUAGCGUUGUCUAGGGUUAAGAAUGUUGGUGUCAAAGCACAGACAUCACUUUGCCUUCCUCCUCCUUUUCGCCAUGUGUUCGCCCUGUUGUGUUGCUCAGUCAACGACGCCCAGUGCAACCACGUCAGCCACCGCUCGUCCCUCACCUUGGCCCGCCUCCCCCCAGCCGCGAACAGAGAGGUUGAAGGUCAGACUGGCCGGCUACCCGCGCAAACACAACGAGGGCCGCGUGGAGCUUUUUCACAAGGGCGAGUGGGGCACCAUCUGCGACGACGACUUCUCCAUAUCCAACGCCAACGUGCUGUGUCGCCAGCUGGGCUUUGUCGCUGCCACCGGGUGGACUCACAGCGCCAAAUAUGGCAAGGGGCAAGGUAAAAUCUGGCUGGACAACGUUCUGUGCAGCGGAGGCGAGAAGAGCAUCGACUUGUGUAAGUCUCGAGGCUGGGGAAACAGCGACUGCACUCAUGACGAAGACGCCGGAGUCGUGUGCAAAGACGAGAGGAUCCCCGGCUUCGUGGACCCCAAUGUCAUUGAGGCUCACGUGGAUGAGGACAAACUGGAGGAGGUGCGUCUCCGGCCGGUGGUGGCAGCGGCCAAAAAGAAGCUGCCCAUCACGGAGGGCGUGGUGGAGGUGAAGCACAAGGACGGCUGGGCGCAGGUCUGCGACGUGGGCUGGACGGUCAAGAACACCCGCGUUAUCUGCGGCAUGCUGGGAUUCCCUCACGAGAGGAAGGUCAAUAAGAACUUCUACAGACGUCUGAGAAAGCGCGCUGCUGCCGAGAGGGUCUCCAGGUCAAAGGUUAAUGUGUUGGCAGGUGCCAGGCAGACAGCCAAAGCUAAAGCUAAUGCUAAGUCUAAACAGAGCAGCCCAGGCCAAAGGUUGUUCUUGGAGCGUCAGAAGAACGUCUUCCACGUGCACUCCGUGGCCUGCAGCGGCACAGAGGUGCACCUGGCAGCCUGCCCCCUGGAGUUCAACAGGCCAAACAGCACGUCAUCCUGCGAAGGCGGCUCGCCUGCCGUCGUCAGCUGCAUGCCGGGUCCGCUCUUCAUGCAGAACAGCGGCUUGAAGAAGAAGCCCAAAACAUCGAGCAACGUGAGGCUGAAGGGGGGUGCAAGGCUGGGCGAGGGUCGUGUGGAGGUGCUGAAAGGCAACGAGUGGGGUACGGUGUGCGACGACCGCUGGAGCCUGCAGUCGGCCAGCGUGGUGUGCAGGGAGCUGGGCUUUGGCAGCGCCAAGGAGGCCAUGACGGGGGCACGCAUGGGUCAAGGAAUGGGUCCCAUCUACAUGAACGAGGUGAAGUGUGUGGGCAACGAGAGGUCCAUCUGGAGCUGCCCUUUCAAGAAUAUCACGUCGGAGGACUGUCAGCACACGGAGGACGCUGCCGUGCGCUGCAAUAUUCCCUACAUGGGCCUGGAGAACUCGAUCCGCCUCACAGGGGGUCGCACCCGCUACGAGGGCCGCGUGGAGGUGCUUGGCAAGGACGCCAAUGGCACCGAAGGCUGGGGGCUGAUCUGUGGAGAGAGCUGGACCACCAAGGAGGCCAUAGUGGCCUGCAGGCAACUGGGUCUGGGCUACGCUAACCAGGGCGUGCAAGAAACCUGGUACUGGGACAGCAGCAAUGUCACCGACAUGGUGAUGAGUGGCGUCAAGUGCACGGGCGGCGAGAUGUCUCUGACUCAGUGCCAGCACCACAAGACGGUUAGCUGUCAGAAAGCUGCCGCCAAGUUCGCCGCCGGAGUCAUCUGCUCCGAAACCACCUCCGACCUGGUCCUGAACGCCUCCCUGGUCCAGCAGACGGUCUACAUCGAGGACCGACCCCUUCACAUGCUGUACUGUGCUGCAGAGGAGGAUUGUCUGUCCAAGUCCGCUGCCAAGGCCAACUGGCCCUAUGGACACCGCCGCCUGCUGCGCUUCUCCUCCCAGAUCCAUAACAUCGGCCGUGCCGACUUCAAGCCCAAGGCGGGCCGUCACUCGUGGGUGUGGCACGCGUGUCAUGGGCACUACCAUAGCAUGGAUAUUUUCACACACUAUGAUCUGCUCAAUGCUAAUGGAACCAAAGUGGCGGAAGGACACAAGGCCAGUUUCUGUCUGGAGGACACAGACUGCCAGGAAGGUGUUUCUAAACGCUACGAGUGUGCCAACUUUGGAGAUCAGGGCAUCACAGUGGGCUGCUGGGAUUUGUACCGCCACGACAUCGACUGCCAGUGGAUCGACAUCACCGACGUCAAGCCAGGAAACUACAUCAUGCAGGUGGUCAUCAACCCAAAUUUCGAGGUGGCCGAGAGCGAUUUCACCAACAACGCUAUGAAGUGCAACUGCAAAUAUGAUGGCCAUCGCAUCUGGUUCCACAACUGCCACAUUGGAGACGCCUUCAGCGAGGAGGCGGAAAGAAGGUUUGAGAAGUACCCGGGACAGUUGAACAACCAGAUUUCUUAAUCCUUCUGCAUUAAGGGAGGUCCUGGUGAACAUCUUCGAUGUCUUCUGAGUUAUUAUACUUGAACAUUCAAGUGUUUGUCUGUUUUUGCCACCAAAUGCCAAAAAUGGAGGUUGAUUUCAUGGUAGGUUUUAGUCCAGCUUUUGAUUUGAUUGUGCACUCGCUGUGAUUUGUCUCCGUACGAAGACAUCAGCAUCUGGAUGAGGAUGCUCCUCGGCUCUUGUGAGAAGUUUCUAUGUUUGGACCACUCAGUCGAGCCAUUAUUAUGAUCUUUUAUUUUUGUUAAUGUAUUUAUUAUGUGUCAAAGGUGCUUCAGAUAAAUUUUGUUCAUGAUCUCCUUAGGUGCUGUGGAGUUUGAUGCUGUGUUCAGCUUUAGGAUUUUUUAUAGUCUUUUGGUACAAGACAAACAGGGAAUUGGACAGAAAGGGUACACUAAUGUAAUCAUACAUGCUGCCCUCAAUUAAAGGAAAGGAAAAAUGAUCAGGAUAUUGUGGUGUUUUUGACUUGUUAAGCGACAUUUGUGAAUAUACAACUUAAAGUCUGGGUUUCCCAAUGUUAUACAGUGGUGUGAAAAAGUGAUCGCCCCCUUCCUGAUUUUUUUAUUUUUUUUGCAUGUUUGUCACACUUAAAUGUUUCAGAUCAUCAAACAAAUUAAAA